CACAGUGGACCUCAGCUCAGGUAGCACUUCCUCCUCUUUCUUCCUCUCUCUCUCUCCUCAGUUUUCACUUCUUUCUUCCACCCAAACCCCCAAGUGUGUAAAACUAAAGCCGAUUGAUCGAUUUAGGGUUUUGAUUUUGGAAGAGAAAAUGGGAGGUGGAUCAGCAAAUCACGGCCAUGGCAAUGAAGAUUUCAGGUACAAGGUAUGGAGUAUGACCGGUGGUCCCAACUGUCGCCCUAAACACUGGAAACGCAACACCGCCAUCGCCAUGUUCGGCGUCUUCCUCGUCUGCAUCCCCAUCUUCAAACUUUCCGCUAAACUCGAGCAACGACCACAUCACCCAGUUCGCCCAAUCCCUUCCCAAAUGUGGUGCAAGAACUUUGGAACCAAAGAUUAUGAAUAAUCUGGGACUCAAUUGAUUCACUGGUGUUGGUGUCAAUCUUGCCAAACACAAUUUCCUUGUUAUAAACAACAUUAAAUAGUUGCUGCUGUCAAUGUUAUGUAAGACUUGGCUCUAGGAUCAUUGUAAUGGGCAUCUUUUUCUCUUUUUGCUACAUUAAAUUUCAUUUGAAAACUGAAGAAAUUUUAAAUAAGCUGCUCAUGCCUGGAUUGUUUUGAGAGCUUGUUCAAACUGGCAUUACUGAUCACUGCAUAGUAAUUGAUGCUUUUUAUCAAUUUUGUUCAUA